CCACUUCGUUCAACGCACGUCCUUCUCGAAAAAUGGACAGCGUGGACGACACGGAUCCGGGCCUGGCUGGGCUCAGCCCCGAGUUCCAAGCGAUGCUGGGCGGCUUGGCGGGACACACGGCCUCCUUCGCCAAGAUCCUGGAGAAACGCACGACGUCAACUGAGAAGGACAAAGACGAUGAGGUGUACUUGGAGUCCUACGCAGACCUCGCGAUCCACGAGGAGAUGCUUAAGGACACGGAACGAGUCGAUGCAUACAGGAGGGCCAUUGAUCAGCUGGGCGCCUCCUGGAGCAACAGCACUGUGGUGGACGUAGGCGCCGGCACGGGCGUGCUCUCGGUGAUGUGUGGCAAGCGCGCCAAGAAGGUGGUGGCCAUCGAAGCAUCGCGUCUCAGCCACUUCCUCCGGAAGGUCGUGGCAACGAACGCGCCCAAUGUGGAGGUGCAUGACGCUCGGGCGGAAGACUUGGAGCUCACGGAGAAGGUGGACGUGGUGGUCAGCGAGUGGAUGGGCUACUGCCUUCUCUUUGAGAACAUGUUGCCCUCAGUGCUGUCGGUGCGCGACAGAUAUCUGAAGCCCGGAGGCAUGAUGUUGCCCUCCAAAUGUCGCUUGCUGCUGGCACCCCUGGAAGACCAGGAUUGGAGGAAACAGAAGUUGGACUUUUGGACUUCGGUGCAUGGGAUCGACAUGUCUUCUCUAAUUCCGCUGGCCAGGGCGACUUAUUGCGGCACGCCGCAGCAUCACUUGGUGGAUGCUUCCAAACUUCUGGCAGAUCCGCAAGUCAUCUUUGAAGCAGAUCUCCACACAGUGCAGAUUGUCGACCUGGAACACUUUGAUGCCAUGAUGUCGGUAUCCAUCCCUGCUGGGCGCCGUUUGGAUGCUUUCGUGGCCUGGUUCGAGUGCGACUUCCCGGGCGACUUCGGCGAAACGUUGUCCACGGCACCAACGAGACCGGCAACACACUGGAAGCAGACGGCCUUCUACCUGCGGGAAGCGCUGGAAGGAGGCGGUGGAUGCGAGGUUCAAGGCACAGUAACCUUCCAGAAGCAUGAGGUCUACAGCAGAGGCUACCAAGUGUCCUUUGACCUGAAAGUCCCUGGCCGCAAGCCGCGCAGCGAGGGCUACGAGCUGCGCUGACGUCCAAAGGUGGCGAAAA